AUGCCACCCGUGCCGGUGACGGGUGCGACGGCACCGCUAGUGAAAUGCUCGUUCAUGAAUAGUAGUUCGAAGGGGGAGGACGCGAACAUCGUGAAAAUGGACCUCGACUUUCCCGAGCCGCGCAACGAGGCGGAGAAGGAGACGUUUGGAUACGACAAGGACGUCCUCCCGAAGAAGUGGCAUCUGUUCUGCGUGUUCGACGGCCACAACGGGAACAAGGCGUCGUACUUCCUAGCAGAUCGGCUCGGCCCGCGCUUGCAGAAACACAUGCCCGGCGGGGUGCCGCCGCCCCGCGGGACCGCGGAGGCCGCAAACUACCUCCGAGAUAUCCGCAGAGCCAUCUGCGAGGCGCUCGAGGAGCUCGAGGUCGAGUUCGCCGAGUUCGCCGAGCGCUCCGGGUCCACCGUCACGAUCUGCGUCGUGAUGGGCUGGCUGGUCACCGUCGCCAACGCAGGCGACUCCACGUGCCUGGUCGACACGGGCUUCGCGAUCGAGCAGCUCUCGGUGGACCACCGCGUCGGCGGCAACGCGGACGAGCGCGCCCGCCUCCAGGCCGCCGGCGGCAUGCUCGCCAAGCUGGACGUGCACGGCCUGGGCCCGAACUUCGAAGGCGGGCUGGACGCGGGGUACGGCCCGGUGCGCGUGUGGCCGGGCGGGCUCGCGCUGAGCCGGUCGUUCGGGGACUUCGACGUCGGCGAGUUCAUCAUCUGCAGCCCGUACAUCCAGCAGCUGGUGCUGCCGUCGACGGGCGCCCGGCUGGUGCUGUGCUCGGACGGGAUCUGGGACUCGUUCCCGACGUACCGCCAGGCGGUGUACUUCACGCGCGAGUUUACGCACGCGUCGGCCGCGCAGCGGCUGAACAAGAAGGCCAUCGCGAUGCGAGGGCUGCUGGACGACAACACGGCCAUCGUGGUCGACGUGCUGCCGGGGCACGAGACCUGGCCGCAGAUCUGCGGGCUCGUCAAGGUCACGGGCUUCGCGAAGCUGUGCAUGUGCGGGAAGGCCGUCUACGACGAGGGCGCGUCCAUGGCGCACUCCACCAUGGCCAAGGGGGAGUAUCUGCACUCGGUCGACACAGCCCCGGGGCUCGCCGAGUCGUCCGGCAAGGCGCCGACCGAGGCCUGGGGCGCGUCCUCCGAGGCCACGCAGCGCGCCGCGCAGCCCGACGCGGCCCCGGAGGACGACGUCGCCGUGGCGUACCACAAGGCCAUGGAGCUGCGCGACGACGAGACGGAGGGGGAGUCGUCGUUGGGCGGCGAGAAGUCCGGAGCGAUCGCGCGGCCGCAAGGGGACCCGACCGUGCGGGCCGGCAACGUGUUCGCCGACCCCAGCGUGCGCGGAGGCGCGCUCUUCAGCGGGAGCAGCGAGGCGAGCGACAAGCGGGACUCGGGCGAGGAGGCGGCGGCGCACGAUGCGGAGGGCGGCUCGAGGCGCGCGUUCUCGCCCGAGCUGCCGCGCCUGGACGAGGACCAGGCGACUGGGCCGACGCAGGAGGCGGCGCGCCACAAGAUCACGCACUUCGAGCGCGAGCAGCGCGCAGCACGCGCGGCGGUCAAGGCGCUGAAGUCGAAGGUGCCGUCGAAGCGCACGCGGAUCGCGCGGACGUCGAUGGGACACCCCACGGAGGUGCACGAGGUGGAGGUGCCGCGCCCAACUGCAGAUGCCGGGCCGCGGGUGUCGCUCCAGGGGGUCGCCGCGAAGCCCAUCAAGUCGAUGACCUCGCCCGUCUCAGAGGGCCUGCCGGCGCGAACGGCGCCGAAGAAGGCGUCCACGAUGACGAAGUUCAGCUCCGUGGGCGCGACUGUUGAUAAGGAUGCUGAGUUGUCCGUCCACGCGAUCGAGCUGCCGAACACGGUCGACGAGGAGCGGUUGACGGAGGAGGGUAUGAUCGCCGACAGCAACGGGCACUAG